AGUCAGUGGCAGCUGACCGGCCAGACUCAACCUGAGCGACACGUGGAGAGACGGGUGGAGCGUCAAAUGUUCUCCGACUGGAUUUUACAAGUUCUGACUCCACACAGCAAACAUGGACUGUGAGUCUUUGGACCGCCGUCUCCACUCUGCUCUGGCAGACCUCUUCCCGCCCUUCCAGUCCACAUCCUCCACGGUCCUCUCUCAGGUCCUCAGUGUGGUGGACAGAUGUUACCGUGGAGAUGUCCUGCUGUACCUGCUGCACUUCCUGCUGCCAGCCAAACAUUUCCUCCUAAAACUACGGCAGAACGCACGUUCACAGCACUGGGACCAGGUCUCUGUCCCUGGAGGCUGGCCUCUGUGUGUCCAUGAGAAGCUUGUGAUUCAGCUGUGUCCCCUGGAGGCGGACCUCCUCCACCCAGGAGACUUCUACCUGCUUGUUUCUCCUGCCGCUCCUCCUCCGUCAGACGGCGCCCCCCGCAGGCCCGGCGGCGUUGCGGCUCCCCGCCUGCUGCUGUGCAGCGUGUCUCGGUCGGGACGCCGUGUGGAGCAGCAGGAGGUGGCGGCGGCGGCGCUGCCCUCCCUCUUCGCCAUGGCCUGGCUGGACUCGGUGAACCGGGAGCGGGAGCGGCGGGGAGCGCCGGGCCUGCGGCGCUGCGUCCUCUACGCCCGGACCGGCCUGUCCAGGGUUCCCUGGGAGGACCUGGUCUACCCGCAGAUCCUCCGCCCGCACCGCGCCUCCACCUCAGCUGCAGUGGACUCACCCGACCGGGACGCUGGGCUCCUCCCACCACCGCAGACCGACCAAUCGACAGCGAGCAGCGACAGCGAGGGAGAGUACGUGGAGCUGGCUGAGCCUCUGCCUCGCUUCCGCCCUCAGAUCGGCUCCUCGACCCAAUCCGUCAGACAGAAGCUCCAGGGUACAACCCCCACCCAGACCCCCCAAUCCACGACCACACCACCUGCUGCACCGCCCGCUGCACCGCCCACUGCUCAUCCUGCUGCACCGCCCACUGCACCGCCCACUGCUCAUCCUGCUGCACCACCCACUGCUCAUCCUGCUGCACCGCCCACUGCUCAUCCCGCUGCACCACCCACUGCUCAUCCUGCUGCACCGCCCACUGCUCAUCCUGCUGCACCGCCCACUGCACCGCCCACUGCUCAUCCUGCUGCACCGCCCACUGCUCAUCCUGCUGCACCGCCCACUGCUCAUCCUGCUGCACCACCCACUGCACCACCCACUGCACCAUCCGCUGCACCACCCACUGCUCAUCCUGCUGCACCGCCCACUGCUCAUCCUGCUGCACCACCCACUGCUCAUCCUGCUGCACCGCCCACUGCUCAUCCUGCUGCACCGCCCACUGCACCGCCCACUGCACCACCCACUGCUCAUCCUGCUGCACCGCCCACUGCUCAUCCUGCUGCACCGCCCACUGCACCGCCCACUGCUCAUCCUGCUGCACCGCCCACUGCUCAUCCUGCUGCACCGCCCACUGCACCACCUUCUACACAAAGUGAAAUACACAUCACAAAACUUUUGACUAUACAAACUGCUAAGAUAACUGCUGUGCACAAUACCAACACACACUCUAUGAGGCACACACCUGCACAUGCGGACACACACACUGCAGCUCACACACCUGCACACACACGCCCCGCCGGGCCACCUGAGAACACGAGGGAGGGGAACUUCCUGCCGCUCCACAGAGGAACCUUCAUGCUCGCCUGCUCUUCGGGUUCCUCUGCAGCAGCAUCUGAAACCGGGGAACCUUUGACCUGUGAGUCGGAGGAAGCAGGAGGAACCGAGUCAGGCGAGGAGGAGGAGGAGGAGGAGGAAGAGGAGGAGGAGGAGGAGGAGGAGGAGGAGGAGGAGGAGGAGCAGGAGGAGCAGGAGGAGCAGGAGGAGGAGGAGGAGGAGGAAGACUGCACCAGGCUGACAGUCAGUGAAGGCGAACAGCAGACAGAAGAGGAGGUGAAGGAAGAGACUGAUACGGCAGAAGAAAAGGAAGACAGGGAGGUGGAGGGAGAGGAGGAGGUGGAGGGAGAGGAGGAGGUGGAGGGAGAGGAGGAGGUGCAGGUCGUCAUCGUUCCUCUGAGUCCAGACAGGAAGGAGGAGCAGGAAGAGGAGGUGCAGAAGGCUCCUGGAGGAGGCGCUGCAGAGCAUCACGACGAAGGUUCCUGUCUUGUGUCAACAGAGCUGAUGAGGUCAGGAAGUGUGUGUCUACCUGGAACCGUGGACCGAGCAGGGCGCCCCCUGCUGACGUUCUCCUCCAGCAGUCUCUGGUCUCAUGCUGAGCUGCUCCGCCUCCUGUUUUACUACACCUCCACCCUCAGGAAGGACAUGCAAGUGUGUGGCCUGACAGUACUGGUGGACGCCCGGAGAGCCCCUCCUAACCCCGCCUUCUUCUCCGCCCUCAGGGCGCUGCAGCUGGACUCUACAGUCUCCGUCCAGCUGCUGCUGGUCUUUGCUGACAGAGACUCGGUCCUGGACCUGGAGGACCCUGCAGCAACUCAGGUGGAGGUCUUCACCUCUGUGAGGUCUCUGGAGGACUACGUGGACCUGGACCAGCUUCCUGUGGAGUUUGGAGGAUCUUUCAGCUUCGGUCAGAGUCGGUGGAUCCACUUCAGAAAGACGGUGGAUCUGGUGACCCAGCAGUGUGAGGACGUCGUGGACCUGCUGAGGAGGAACAUCCACAGCAUGCAGGCCACAGCUGCACCUGAGUCUGCUCAGGAUGCCGAGCGGCUCCUGGCCCGCUGCCAGGCCUCGAUGCAGACUCUCCUGGCAGACCGGCAGCUGGCGGACCUGCAGCAGGGGGGCGGAGCUUCUCUGGCUUGGCUUCGAAGACAGGAGGGCGGGGCUUCCCAGAGGGCUGCGGUGGAGGCGGCGGCGCUGCUGUACGAGGAGGUGGACCAGCUGCUGCACCACCUGGUGGCGCUGUGCAACACACACACUCAGCAGCUCCACACCCUGGGGGGCUUCACACAGGUGUUGGGAUGGAUUAACCAGGUUGGUAAAAAUCAGCUGAAGAAACUUGAAGAACCAGAAGAUUCUUUGGAACUUCUGGUCAGAAAGAAACAACAAUUCAACGGAUUCUACACGACUGCCUCUGCGGUCUGUGCUCGGGGGGCGGAGCUUCUGUCAGCUGUGCAGGAUGACGCCCUAUCAGGUGGUCUUCAGGCGUUUCGGCUCCGGGUGGAGCAGUUCCGGUCCGAGCUGCAGGCCUUCGCUCAGAGGCUCCAGAGCAGCAGGAGGCGGGCGGAGAAGGCAGAGCAGCUCCACGCCUUCUUUGAACAGGCCUACUGUUGGGCCCUGAAGGGUCUGGCUCAUCUGGCCGGGGUCCCCCUUGACGAGUGCUGUCAUCCAGAAGGGUGCUGGGCUGUGAUUGGCUACCUGGAGAAGUUUGGCCGUGAGCAGCCGCCGCCGCCGGACGCCAUCUUCCAGGACAUGAGGACGGCGGCCAGGGAGCUGCAGGGCGAGGGGGGCGUGUCUCAGUGGACCUUCAUCUGGUCCAAAUGUCAGCAGACCCAGGAUAUGCUGCAGUGCCGGAUGGCGGCGGCGGUCCGGACGCGGGACGCCGUCCUGCGGCGCCGGUCCGACGCCAGCAGCAGGAGGAGCUCCGCCUCCUCCUUGAGAACAUCUGAAUUCUCACCCUGCCCCUCCCCGCCCCCAAGAGAACCCCCCACCUCCCCCCCCUGGCGGACUCCGCUCCUCCAGCACCUCCUGCGUAGCUCCUCCACUGAGGAGUCGCCCCGCCCCCCCCGCCUGGACUCCUGGUCCUCCUGGUCCUCCUGGUCCUCCUCGUCCACGGGGAGGCGGCGGCUCCUCAGAAAGACACAGAGCCUGGACGGCCCGCCACCGCCCGAGCCACCACGGCGAGGAAACACCGGCGUUUUCAUCCGCGGCCUGGAGGUGAGCGGCGCCGCGGCGGCGGACUGGACCCGGGUCCCCCGAACACCCAGUCUGCCCACCAGGACCGGCAGCCUCCCCACAGGACCGGCUCUGCAGGGGAGUGUCCUUGGACAAGCCACUCUCAUCCACUCAGUGGACGGACUGAGCGCCUGGCCUGGCAGACGCCUGCACUGUAAGCUGCACCACAUUGUGGAGGAGCUGGUGUCCACGGAGCGGCAGUACGUCGUGUCCCUGUCCUACGUCCUCCGUCACUAUGUCCCGGAGCUGGAGCGCCGCGACCUUCCCCAUGACCUCCAGGGGGCGCGCUCACUGGUCUUCGGGAACCUGGACAAGAUUCUGGACUUCCACCAGCAGGUCUUCCUGCAGGACCUGGAGUCCUGCUGGACGCAGCCGAUGAGAGUCCCGCUCUGCUUCCUGAGACACCAGGAGCAGUUCGGUCUUUACGCUCUCUACAGUCAGAACAAGCCAAAGUCAGACGCGCUGCUCGCCAGUCACGGCCCCUCCUUCUUCAGGAGGAAGCAGCUGGAGCUCGGGGACAAGCUGGACCUGUCGUCCUACCUGCUGAAGCCCGUCCAGAGGAUGAGUAAAUACGCCCUGCUGCUGUCUGACCUCAUCCAGGAGGUGGGCGGGGCUCAGGAGGCGGAGCUUGGGGCUCAGGAGGCGGAGCUUGGGGCUCAGGAGGCGGAGCUUGGGGCUCUGCACGCUGCUGCCAGCAUGGUCAGGUUCCAGCUUCGCCACGGCAACGACCUGCUGGCCAUGGACGCCAUCAGAGGCUGUGAUGUGGACCUGAAGGACCAGGGUCAGCUGAUCCGGCAGGAGGACUUCCUGGUCUGCUCUGGGAGGAGGAAGCACCGGCGCCGAGUCUUCCUGUUUGAGGAGCUGAUCCUGUUCAGCAAGGCCAGGAAGAGGGACGGAGGACUGGACCUGUUCGUCUACAAGGACUCCUUCAAGACUGCAGAUGUGGGUCUGACUGAGUCCUCCGGGGACAGUGGACUCCGGUUUGAGAUCUGGUUCCGGAGAAGGACGUCCAAGAACCAGACCUUCAUCCUUCAUGCGUCGUCUCCAGAGGUCAAACUGGCCUGGACCGGGGACAUGGCCCGGAUCCUGUGGACACAGGCCAGCCGGAGCAAAGAACUGCGUCUGAAGGAGAUGCUGUCCAUGGGUGUGGGACACAAGCCCUUCCUGGACAUCCAGCCCAGCGACGCUGCCAUCAGUGACCGGAACGUCCAUCACAUCAUGAGGAGCCGAGGUGCCAGGACUCGGGCGUCCAUCGCCGCCUCAGCCUUUGACCACGUCCACCUGUCCAGACAAGGAGCCGCAACGUCUGAGUGGAGCCGGGACACCCUGUCCUCCUGCAGCCUGCUGGGACCCCUGGACCUCCACCUGCCCCUGUCCAGUCAUGGCCGCCCCCCCCCUCCUGCUGCCAGCAGCUCCUUCAUGGUGGAGGUUGAGCAGGAACAUGAGACCAGCAGCCAGCCAUCCAUGACCACAGAGGGUUCUGAGGGUUCUGACUCAUCGUCCCGCUGCCUGUCUGGUUCCACCGGCUCCGACAGCGGCUGCGUCUCCUCCCACCAGCAGGAGGCGCUACCUGAGGAGCCGGCCCCGCCCAGUCCGGGGUCAUCCUCCCGCCUCCAGGAGGCGCUACCUGAGGAGCCGGCCCCGCCCAGUCCGGGAUCAUCCUCCCGCCUCCAGGAGGCGCUACCUGAGGAGCCGGCCCCGCCCAGUCCGGGGUCAUCCUCCCGCCUCCAGGAGGCGCUACCUGAGGAGCCGGCCCCGCCCAGUCCGGAGCCUGAAGCGGUGCUGCGUUCCUCCUGACGCCUCUGCAGCCGCUGGCGGAGCAGCCGCCAUCUGAGGAGCUGAGCCUCUGUCCGGUCUCUGCUCAUCGGUGGACGUUCAGCUGCUCAGCUCCACCCUACACCACAGUCUGCAGUCUAAGGAGGGAUGUCCAGACUUCCUGUCCCCACACUUCCUGUCCCCAGACUCUUCCUCCAGCUCUUCCCAGAGGAUCCAGAGUUGUUCCCAGUCUUGCCGAGAGACAGUCUGUCCAGCGUGUCCAGGUCUUCCCCGGGGUCUCCUCCCAGUGGGACAUGUCCAGAACUCCUCCCCAGGGAGGUUCCUUCCUAAACAGAUGCUGAGCCUCCUCAGCUGCUCCUCUAAUCUGGAAGAGUAGCGGCUCUAAUCCGAGCUCCUCCCUGGUGACGUAGCUCCUCCCCCUUUCUCAAAGAGAGCGCCCAGCCCCCGAUCUAUAAAUGUAUGUAAAUAAUUUGACUCCAUUUUACUGGAGCUGUUGUCUCCAGCACCAGUUUGUGUUUUACAUAUAUUUGCUGCUUCCUGCUUGCUUCCUGUCUGCUUCCUUUCUACUUCCUGCCUGCUUCCUGUCUGCCUCCUGCCUGCUUCCUCUCUUCUUCCU